GUGUUUUUGUAUCUCCUUCUUUUUUACAAUGACCACGCGAUCUCACCACAUUGCAGUGAUGUUGUACUUUUUCUGCGAGCUAGCAACUCGUGGUUUCUCGAUGACCCCAGAGCAGAAAACGCAAACGAAUACAACCAUUUGUGGCACGAGAUCUAGUGAGUUUCCUCCAGCCAAUUGGCCGUUCCACGUGGCACUUUAUUACACACUGACCCCGUAUCGAAUGUACUAUCUGUGCGGGGGUACGAUAGUGGGUGAGCGAACCGUUAUCACCGCAGCUCAUUGUGUCAUCGGGCAACGGGUGGGGGAAACGAUGAACCGCACAAUGCUCACAAUCCGUGCUGGGAUCUAUGAGCUGGACGUGGUGCAGAGUCAGAAUGUCACAUCGUACGGUGUAGGGGCGAUAAUUUUCCAUCCGAAAUAUGAUUCGAAAAAUCUGGUCAAUGACGUGGCGGUUUUGACGGUCGCCGAGAGCAUUGAGUUCAACGCGGUGAUUCAACCAGCAUGUUUGUGGCCUCCGGAGGAAAGCAGUUUACGCGGAAUUCAACGCACUGUCGGUACCGCUAUCGGGUGGGGUAUUGACGAUACGGAGCAGUUUUCGAGAACACUGAAGGAGAGCACCAAUCGGUUGCCAUCGAUGGGAAAGUGCCGGAAGAUGUUUGGAAACUUUUUGGACAAAUUCAACGGAACGAUCCUGUGUGCACGAACCGGAGUUUGCAGCGGCAGUGGAGGCAGUGGCCUGUACGUGCAGCGAGGCGACCGACUGUUCCUUCGAGGUAUUGUGACGUUCGGUCCAACCACUGGACAUAGUAAAAAAUGUGGCAUUGAUACGCUCACAGCAUUCCUGAACAUUGCCCACUACACGGAAUGGAUUCAGCAGGAGAUGCAGCACAGCAUCACCAGCUCGGCCAUUGCAGGAAUCCAGCAAGGCCAUCUGGUCGGUCUGUUCGAAGAUACCAACCUGUGCGGCAUCCACCUCAAGCGUGUCACAAUUAAGCCAAAGGACAUUCAGCUGGCUCGUCGUAUUCGUGGUGAACGCUCUUAA